UGCCGGUGGUCAGCGAUUCGGGAAUAAAAUCAACAUCCUCCUGCACAAUCAAGAACCCAAAACCAGCGACCAGCAGACAUGUCCAGCGAUGACUGCAGCAGCGACAGCAGCAGUUCCAGCGAGGAGCUGCAGCGCAAGCGGAAGCACAAGAAGUCCAGCAAGGAUGUGGACAAGUCCAAGUCCAAGAAGAAAAAGUCAAAGAAGCACAAAAAGGAGAAGCGCCGGCACAAGGAGAAGAAGCGCAGCAGGCGGGAAGAGCAGCCGCAGGCUGCGCCAAAGCCAACAGUCUCUGUAAGUCUACCGCCUGCUGAAGAUCAAGAGGGUGCCUUCGGUGCCCCUCUGCCGCCGCAUCUGCGGCAGGAGGUGAAGACUGAACCGCCCCAGAUGAUAGGUCCCAUCCUGCCCAGCGACUUUCCCAAGGCAGCCUCACCAUCUGCGGCUGACCCUUCACCAGAAGAGAAUGCGGAUGACGAUGAUGACAUGAGUGGAACUUUUGGCCCCAUGCCGAAUGCCACCCAAGUGGAGCUCGAGGAGCGGGCGCUGGCCCUGAAACUGUCCGUCCUGCAGGGCGGCGGUCUGGGCCCCUCCACAAAUGACAAGGACGGGCGCGAGGAGUGGAUGCUGGAGCUGCCCGAAGUUGGCCUCAAGGGUGGCCUGGCAGCUCUCAACAACCUGAAGCGUACCUUCUACCAGGGCAAAGAACGGCCCGAUUUCAGCGACCGGUCUGACUGGACAAAGACGCCGCAGAGUGCGGCAGCAGCGGCCGUCGCUGGGCCCAAGCCUUGCAGCUCCAAGGAGCUGGAGCAGAUCGCCCAGGCCAAGUAUGUGCAGCAGCGGGAUGACGAACAGGAAAGCAUGGCCAAGAAGCACAAGAAGAAACACAAGCGAGACGAGUCCCUGGUGGCGCUGCACCAAAAGAAGCUUCGCAAGGAGCAAAAGGAGAGGGAGAAAGAACUGGCUGCCGCCGGCUUGAAGGCCGAGCGUCGUCCCUUUAGUCGCGACGUGGACCUGAAGCUCAACAAGAUUGACUCCAAUCAAACCAAACAGAUUGUGGACAAGGCCAAGAUACUGAACAGCAAGUUCUCCCGGGGACAGUCCAAGUAUCUCUGAGGGCCCCAUAUGGACCGGCCAUAUUUUAGCUUAAAAUCUCCUUUUAAUCGCUAUAGUAUAAAUAUAUGUAUGUAUAGGUAUAAAAUUUGAAAAAAGAAACCUAUUUAAGCAA